CAUCCGGACGCGCUCACUUUUAUGCGGCGGACACUGGAGUGGAUUUGACCGUGGAAGGGGGCAUCCCGUCACCCAACCAAUGUGAUACCCUCCGGAUUUUUGGGAGAGGAGUUCCUCUAUCGUCCUUGACUCAAAUAUCUUCCUUCUACGAUAUUGCUCCACAUUCAGUGAAUAAUGGAAGCGCUCGGGACUAGAUGCGCACUUUUCAUCGCACAGAUCGCUCUGUUCUGCAACACAGCAGAUCUAUCAGAAGCGUAUGGAAUCAGAUCACAGAAGAAACUCUCAGAGAACAUAGACUGGUCCUAUGAGGGAACUCUAAACCAAAACUACUGGGCAAAGAAAUACCCGUCAUGCAACAAUGCCAAACAAUCACCGAUCAACAUCGAGGAGAGCUUGGCGCAGGUCAAAGUUCAAUUCCAGAAGCUGAGAUUAGAGGGCUGGACAGAAAGAACAUCAGUUUCCACUACAGCAAAUAAUGAUGGGAAAACUGUGGCAAUUAAUGUGGGAGGAGACUUCUAUGUGAGUGGAGGGGGUCUGAAGUCCAGGUUUAAGGUGGGACGCAUAACGUUCCACUGGGGCCUGUGCAAUGCCUCCUCGGACGGUUCUGAACACAGCAUAAAUGGAGAGAAGUUUCCCCUGGAGAUGCAGAUAUACUGUUACGAGGCAGAUGCUUUCGAUGAUCUCGAUGAGGCCUUCAGAGAAGGAGGAAAGAUCACCGCGCUGGCAGUGCUCUUUUCGGCGAGUAAUGAGGAUAAUGAAAAUUAUUUGGCCAUCUUUGAUGCUGUCAACAGUGUCAGCCGUUAUGGAAAGAGUGGCCCUGUCUCUCCGUUCACUCUUCAGGGACUCCUCCCCAACUCCACAGAGAAGUACUUCAUCUAUAAUGGCUCUCUGACCACUCCUCCCUGCUCUGAGACUGUCGAGUGGAUUGUUUUCAAAAACACUGUGGCCAUCUCAGAUGUACAGCUGGAGAUGUUCUGCGAGGUAAUGACUAUGCAGCAGGCUGGAUAUGUCAUGCUUAUGGACUACCUUCAGAAUAACUACAGAGAACAGCAGGACCAGUUCAUGGGACAGGUCUUCUCAUCCUACACUGGUGUCGAGGAGGUGCACACUCCCAUUUGCAGUUCAGAGCCAGAGAACCUGCAGGUCACCCCUCAUAAUUACACCAGUAUGCUUGUGAUCUGGGAGAGGCCGCGGGCCGUCUACGACGCAAGUAUAGAAAGAUACUCUGUCACUUACCGCCCGACGCAGGGGGAUGAUGAAUCUGCCCGAGAGUACUUGACUGACGGAGACCAGGAUGUGGGGGCAAUCAUUCAGGGCCUGCUGGCCAACACCAGUUACAUGGUCCAGGUGGUUGCUGUGUGCACCAAUGGUCUGUAUGGCAGAGUGAGCGAGCAGCUGUCCGUGGACAUUCCCCUCGAUGAUCCUGAAGCAGAGCUUGAUCCUGAAUUAUUUGACUAUGAUGGAAUGGAAAACUAUAACAUCAAUCCCUUUUUCUUGGAACCAGACUUAAAUCAGCUUCCAUAUCCCAUCCAAACCACCACAGUCCAACCAAAAGUCACACAAGAGAGACCCACCUAUCCAUUGUUUGAUAUUAAAACAACACCAAAGGCUAAUGAAAGGCAGAUCCCAGUAGAUGACUCCCAGACAAAUGAUCGUUAUUAUAUUCCGGUGGCAUAUACAGAAGAACCUACAGUGAUAUAUACCAACCAACCUACCAUCACCUCAGUCAUAUCCACCAGCACAGAUACACACAUCGAUAGACCGGACGAUAGUGUAAUAAUUGUGUCCUCAGAGGAUGAUAGUGAAAGCACCUUUACAGAAUCAACCAUAACAAGCGUCACCACUGAAAUAAGCAUAACAUUGGCUUCAGUAGACGUAACUGAGGUUACUGAGGUUGAGGAAGUGCCUCGACCCGUAACCGACUCAGACAAAUAUGGUGAGAUUUCAAUGACUGUAGCCCCAUUAGAAAGUCUUAGUGAAAUCCCAAAGGGAUCAACUUCCUCUUCCUUGGAGGUCAUCUUACAUCCUUCAACUCCUAGCUUGCCUUUUCCAACCACUGCUUUUAGUACCGUCCUGCCGCAGACCACCCAGCCGGUGUUCAAUGGUGAGAGCGCCCCCUUUGUAUCUGACACUCCGUCCCACGUGCAUGCGAGUCCUGUCUCCCCCUCCAAAUCCCCCAACAGUGUGUUGUCUGAGCUCAUCCCUGACUGGGACACCCCGUUCACAGUUUCACCCCCAGUGUCCGGUGGUGCACAGUCUAUCACCCCUUCCUCUUCCUACCCCACCCUAUUCCCCGUGAUGUCUUACUCCGACGUAGAGCCUGUCUCUAGUGGUGGCUGUGAUGAUGAUGGUGACGAUGAUGUUAUGUCUGGAUCCGUCUCGACUGACCCCCAAUGUAGAAGUACCUUACCUGUCCAAACGUUACCAGAAUUGACAGGUUCAGUGUCGAGCUCUGAACACGACUUCACACGCCUUUCCGAAUCCUCAAGUACAGUCUCCCUGCUGAGCGUAGUUACGUAUCUUCAACCUUCAGUUCCAGUCACUAGCGACUACACUCAGAUGCCGACGACCCAGGAUCCGACCACGUCUCUCUCAGGUACCUUUGGGGAUUCUAGUCUGCUUCCAGAGUCAUCUCUGGUUGCUCCUACUUUUACCCAAGAUGCAUCACACACCUCAAGUGAAAUCUCUCUGCAUGCCUCUGUUAACGUCUUGAUGCCCUCCUCUACCUGGGUACCGCCCCCUUGUCUGCUUUUGUCCACCUCCAGCGUUGGUACCCCUCUGUGCAGCGACACAGACAUGGACCACCUUCCCGAGGCUGGUUUCUCAUCUUCUGUGUUUGCUUUAAAGCCUUCUUCUGACCUCAACAUUUAUAUUACAGCUUCCAUCAGCGCAGUUACAAGUCAAGCAGUUGGACGGUCCCUGGAUGCUCCAGUUCCCACUGAAUUCCAAACCAUUGCACCCACCUUUUCUUUACAAUCCCACACCGUGCCCAGUUCCGCGGUGCCCCCGACAGUUGCGCCGACCUCUACUCCCGAAUCCAUCUCUGUUCUCGCUCCAGCGGUGCCCCCGACUGUUGCGCCCACCUCCUUUCCAAAAUCCAGCACCGUGCCAAUACACUCUGCAGAUGGGCAGUUGGAUAGCAGUGCCUCCGGCUGGCUUUUGGAUUUGGACUGGGGUCAGAGCUCCGCCUCAGGAGACGGGAGUACCGCUCCAUACAUCCCCACUGCUUCACCUACAGAGGCGACUACUGAUGAGACGAACAAUGGGAAUGAGGAGCACUCCUCUUCCUUCUACUUUGAGGGUGAGAACCUAGCGACGGACUUUAGGGUCACCUUGCGCCCUAGCCCAUCCUGGACUGUGCAAGGAGGUGGAGAAGAAGAGAGUGGAUCGGGAGAAGUCCUCACUGAUAACGAGACAUCCUCAGACUUCAGUAUCCCAGAGCGCACUGAGAGGAAUUCGGAGGAGGAACCGGUGGCAGACGCCAGUAACAGCAGUCACGAGUCGCGGGUGGGCCUGGCGAGCAUCAUUGAGAGAAAGAAGGCUAUAGUUCCUCUGGCUGUGGUCUCCACACUCACCUUCCUGGCUCUUAUUGUUCUCAUUGGCAUUUUUAUCUACUGGAGGAAAUGUUUUCAGACUGCUCAUUUUUACAUAGAAGACAACACAUCUUCCAGAGUGAUUUCCACGUCACCAAAGCCCAGACAUACAGGUGAACGCGCACCCCUGUUGGUUAAACAGUUCGUGAAGCACGUGGCAGAACUUCACAACACCGACUCGUUUUCCAGAGAGUUUGAGAUAUUGAAAGAAUAUUUCGAGGAGGUUCAGUCCUGCACUGUCGACCUCGCAACCACGACAGACACUUCCAGCCAUCCGGAGAACAAGAGCAAGAACCGAUACGUCAACGUUUUAGCCUAUGACCACAGUAGAGUGCGACUCGCUCCCUUGACAGACAAAGAUGGAAAGAGCGAUGGGGAAUACAUAAACGCCAACUACGUUGAUGGUUUUAACAAACAAAAAACAUACAUCGCAGCUCAAGGGCCCCUGAAGUCCAGCACGGUGGAUUUCUGGAGGAUGGUCUGGGAGCAAAAUGUGGAAGUGAUCGUCAUGAUCACAAACCUGGUGGAGAAUGGAAGGAGAAAGUGUGACCAGUACUGGCCUCUGGAGAAUCAGGAAGAGUAUGGAUUUAUUCUGGUUACUACGAAGAACACAAAAGUCCAGGCUCACUACACCCAAAGAACAUUCACCGUCAGAAACACCAGCAUAAAGAAGGGUUCCCAGAAGGGUCGUGUUAAUGAAAGAACAGUCAUACAAUACCACUACACACAGUGGCCUGAUAUGGGUGUACCUGAGUACGUUCUGCCUGUGUUAUCAUUUGUCAAGAAGUCAUCUAGAGACAGAACAGAUGAUAUGGGUCCAAUGAUCGUACACUGCAGUGCUGGUGUAGGACGAACAGGAACCUACAUAGUGCUGGACAGCAUGCUAAAACAAAUUCAAGAAGAAGGCACAGUUAACAUUCUGGGCUUCCUCAAGCACAUUCGUACACAGCGGAACUACCUUGUUCAAACAGAGGAGCAGUACAUUUUUACCCAUGAUGCUCUAGUAGAGGCCAUUUUGAGUAAAGAGACAGAGGUGCCAUCAAGCCGCAUUCAUCGAUAUGUUAAUGACCUCCUGACACCAGGACCCUCGGGCAGGACGCGCCUGGAAAAACAAUUCAAAUUGGUGUGCCAGAUGAAUGCCAAACAAAUAGAUUAUUCCAGUGCUCAGAGAGAAUGCAACACAGUCAAGAACAGGAGCUGCUCGCUUAUACCUGUGGAGAAAACCAGAGUGCGUCUUUCCACAUCAGUAGGAGACACAUCAGACUACAUCAAUGCCUCAUAUGUCAUGGGUUACCGGCAAAGCAAAGAGUUCAUUAUUACCCAGAAUCCUUUGCCCAGCACAGUGAAGGACUUUUGGCGGAUGGUGUGGGAUCACAACAGCCGGGUCAUUGUAUCAUUACCAGAUACAAGUAGUACGACAGACAACAGUGAGCCAAUCAUAUUCUGGCCUGUGAGAGAUCAGCCAAUCAGCUACGAGACCUUCUCAGUCACAUUGAGUGGGGAGACUCACGUGUGUCUGUCAAAUGAAGAUAUGUUGAUAGCGCAGGAUUACGUUUUAGAGGCUACGCAGGAUGACUAUGUUUUAGAAGUAAGGCAUUACCGGGCCCCGCACUGGCCCAAUCCGGACAGUCCCAUCAGUAGCGUCUUUGAGCUGAUCAAUAUUGUCCAAAAAGAAGCCGUCUCCAAAGAUGGACCCACGAUCGUACACGAUGAAUAUGGCGGUGUGACUGCCGGAACGUUCUGUGCACUGUCUACCAUAGUACAACAGCUCGAAUCGGAGAAUGUGGUGGACGUCUACAUGGUGGCCAAGAUGAUUAACCUCACGAGACCUUCUGUCUUCACUGACAUUGAACAGUACCAGUUCCUUUACAAAGCUAUCCUGAGUUUGGUCGGCACCCAAGAAGACAAGCGAGCGCUACACUCUUCCGACAACAACGGUACAGUCCCAGGAGACGCCUUGAGCACGGCCGAGAGUCUGGAAUCCUUGGUGUAACCAUAGUGACAAAGCCUCCACAGGAAAAAAACAGACUCUCCAUCAAAGAAUGCUCUUCUGAUGUCCCCCAAUCCACUUUUUAUCUUUGAACUGAUGGAGCUUUUAAACGUGUGCCUUCCGACUCAAUGCCACAUUUUUACGCCGGACCAUUUGUCUUUCAAACUGCCACCUUGUGCUAACGCUCUACUAAUGUCUUUUACGGUCUUAUAUUUAUUUGCUUAAAAGCUUGUUUAAAGAAAAUCUUUUCUUACUUAGUUUUGUAUUAGUCUAUUUUUGGUAGUAUUCGAAGAAUUUCAGCCACGCUGUUUUUCGCACGACUAUAAAUACAAAGAAAGUGGCAAAAAAGUUCACGUGUCAUUGUUAAAGGUGGUGAAUAAUGUUCUAAUCUGUAAAUAAUAAUACGGCAGCAUCCACGUCGAUGGACCAAAUUUCUAUUUAUGUCUAGAUUUUUAUAUUGUGCAGCAGAGGCUCUAGUGCUUCACAGGAUACGGCUGCGUUUUAAUGUUUAGUCGACACUUUUGAAAUAAUGUUUUUGAUGUUUUGUACCGUCACUGCCGCAGUAUGUACUGACACUGUUUAGCUUUACACAACGUUUGUCUGUUCGUAGGAUUAAAAAAAGCACACAAAUAAGA